AUGGAAGCUUUCAGACUGUUGUACGCUUCCCAUGUCAGACCAAGACUUGAGUAUGAUGGUGCGAGGACAUACCCCUGCACGGCCGGUGAACUGGCCAAGUUGGGGCGUGUACGUGCUGCCACUAGACUCGUUGUUGGACUACGGGGGACCAGCUAUGAAGGUCGUCUACAGGCUACUGGUCUGUUCCCAGUUGCGUACCGGCGCCUCAGCGGAGAUCCCAUCUGUCUGAGGAAGAUCCUGAGGCAGAAAAUGCUCUCGUUGUAUCGUUGUUGGUCCAGUCUCCUUUCACACAUUCCCUUUGGUACUCCAAUGCCUGCCACCUUCGGUAUUAUCAUAACGCGUGAAACUCAUCAUAAGACCCAUGAAACUACUAUGACCCCAGUGGAGCAUACCAAAAUGCACGUUGCGGUUAUUAUUCCCAUGAUUCGUAAGGGACACUUUGAAGUUCGUUGUAUUCUUCCCAGCCUAACUAUUGCCGAUCAAACACAUGCCGGUUCUUCUCACACGCAAUCGUUGGCAUUCAAGUUGCAAUCGUUGAUGAACGCCCAGUCAAAGGAAAUCAGGUCAAAAGCGUGUCAGCAUCAUGUGGAAUACAAACGGCCCACUUUCCAUUUCGUUGUGGAAACGGAUAACGAGGCAUUAACGGAUAAGCCUAUUCCAGGAGGUUCAGACAGUUUGGAUUCCUCGUUCAAAGCAGCAGACGCUCGGCUCACUGUUACCAAACCGGUAAAUGUCUACGGUCUACCGCGUGAUGAAAUUCUGAGGAAGGUCAAAUCCAGCUUGAAGAACAGAAAUCACGAGCAUGAACUGGUGAGCGUCGGGACUCUCGUGAUUUUAGUGUGUGCCACAGGAAUAACGUGUUUCUGUUUUNGCGAAAUGGUCACUCGUUUUCGUUAUGCUGUAGUGCACUGUUAG